GAGCAGGAUAAAACCCCACAAGGAGGGGUGGUGUGGGCACAGCCUUGGCAUGGCCCUCCGGCUCCUCAUUCUCUGCCGGCUCCAUGGCCAGCCCUGUGGAUGCAUCCUCAACAGGCCAUGCCAGUGGGCUGGGUCCCCACCGGAGAAAGCGGACCACUUUCAGCAGAGGGCAGCUGCUGGAGUUGGAGCGGGUGUUUGCAGCCCGGCCCUACCCUGACAUUGGCACCCGUGAGCACCUGGCCCGGGUCACCUGCCUUCCUGAGGCCAAGAUACAGGUGUGGUUCCAGAACCGCCGGGCCAAGAGAAUCAAGAAUACGAAGGCGGGAGGCCUAAGCCCGAGGCCAGAGCCCCCCCCGAGAGCCCGUUCUCUUCCAGACACCCUCCAGCAGUCCCGGGAGCCCCGAAAACUAGGCCAGCUCCCGCCUUCCAACAGCACGCCUCAGUGUGCCUCACUGUGUAGACAUGCCUCCUGCUCAGCUCCUGGCUUGGGUCCAGGGCAGAGCCGGGCAGGGGCUAAAGCUGUAACCCCAUGGGGACCAGCUGGGGCUUCAGCGACCCACCUUUCUUCAGAACGAGCUACUCCCCAGACCUCGUUGGGCAGCCUGUCUGACCUCAUCUAUGCCUCAGCCAUUGUCACCAACCAGGACCACUCCUAAUCUAAGUCCUGAACUUGUGAGACCCCUCCUCUGGCUCUGCAGCCUACCCCCGCCCAUUAGGACUGAACACAUCAGAAGUGGAUCCCCUGUCCCUCCUUUUACACAAGGGAGUUCUCUUAUUGGAAGGAAGUUUAGCUCAGGGAUCCCUCCCCUCCAUUGUCCUCCAGGCCAGCCUAGAGUCACCAGCUACCCAGCACCCUGCUCCUCCUGGGGCAUACGCCCAUCGCCGUGGCAGGAGGUAUCUUUAGAGAGAUGAGGUCAGGGCCAGGUUUUCCACCUCUCACGCCAGGCCUGGCCCCAAUUCUUCUCAUCCCAACUGACAACUCCUCCUCCCUCUAAAGAAUGGGCAGCCGUCCCUCCGUUUUAGCCCAUUAGCUAACUGCUAAGUGAGUAUGGUGAGGAGAGAACCGAAACUCAUCCCAGAUGGUGGGGAACCCACCCUUUUGUAGCCCAGGCCCCCUCUCCUGACCUACCACCACCUAGACAAAUUAAUCAGAACCAUGGAUCUGAAGAGGAAGUGAUAUUAGAGUAAUACAGUGGAAAGAAAAGCUCCGGGCUUAUGUUGAUUUAAUUUUCACAAAGAUCAGAUUGGCUGCCCUCUGACCCGAGGCUGUGGAGACAACCUGACAGAUUUAGCAUGGGGCGGGGGGGGGGGGGGGGGUGUGUGCGUGGCAACACUGGGUUUUCAUAUCACUGUCAUCUGUAAUACCAACUAAUCUCCAAAUAAAACCCAAACUCUAUACCUUAA